AUGCCUUCCAAAUCUAUUGCGCCAAUCGAGAUUGGGUCUUUCACAGCAUCAUCACCGCAAAAGACUGAAUUUAUCGGUAGUGCAAGUGGCGUGUUUUUCGUAAACACCGUCUUUCGUGCAUUUGCCCAGUCAGCCUCCAGCUCAAACGAUGCCGAAUCUCAGACAUUGCAUCAUGAUCCAGGAUCGGUGGACAGCCGUCUUGUCGAUCCCGAAACUCCAUUGCAGACGGAGGAUGAGAAUGUUGCCAUGAAAAUCCACCUCGAACGCGAGAAUACGGAAGCUCCAGCAAGAUCCUAUGGUAUCAAGGGUCACAGAUUGGGUGUUGCCCCAAGCCAGCAAACCGCCAAAGAGCUACUGAUGCUGUAUCUGCGCAACUGGCACCCUUUGUUCCCAUUCCUUCACGGUCCAACACUCCUUGAAUCGAUUUCGGCCUUAUACGAAAUCGACGAGCCACGUUCUUCCACCAAAGACAGCCUGAGAGCUCGUUUGUGCAAAGCCAUCAUAUGCCAAUGCGUUUUCAACAUAGCUGACCUUGAUAACCGGGGUCAGUAUCUACCGUCCGAGUCUCGGAUCGAGUCCUCGAGCAAACUACUUUCUCUCCUGGGCUAUGUCGCCAACAAUCACGACAUUCAAACAAUUCAAGCUUUGCUCGCUGCGCAGCUAUACCUUGUCUCCACCAUGGCCCUCCGAACUGCAUCAACCGUAGGUGGAACACUGGCUAGGAUUAUGUAUCAUGCCGGCCUGCAUCGUUGCCCGUAUCGCUAUCCACAGCUCGACCCCCAGGAAUGUGAUUUGCGAAAACGAGUUUUCUGGAGUGCUUAUGUACUGGACAGGUAUCUCAGUCAAGCCCUGGGUCACCCGCUAGGAUUUCAAGAUUCGGAUCUCGAUGUCUGUAUUCCUGGCACAGCAGAACUGCACCAACCUGUCAAGUCAAAUCAACAAAAAAUGCCUUCGGGAGGCCAUGCUGAGGAGAACGAAGUUUUGGCUCACCUUCCCAGAGAACAGUCGGCCGGACCGGCCAACGCAACAGAUGUCACCUCUUCAGCAAGGGCAACUACUAGAACCGCCGAACCAGCUAGAUUUCAUGGGCCACGAGAGCACGCUGGUGACGAAGAACGAAAUACUAGUUCGGAGAUUUUGGCUAGUUACGUUCUUUACUGUCGAUUGACCGGACAGGCAUUGGAACUAUUCCACAAAUCACUUCAAAACCGCAAGAUUCAAAGCGAAGACAUGGUGGAACUACAGUCCGAAGUGCAUUCCUGGUGGAACGGGUUGCCUGCCAGCUUACAGGACGAAUAUACAGGAGGAAAGAUGGAGCUUUCUUCAACAUUCACCUUCUUUUUCAUCACCCUCUACAACCAAUUGCUGCUCCUUAUCAAUCGCCCUUUUCUGUCGCUCUCCCCCAGGACUUUAGAAUUCAGGUCGAGCCUACAAACCUGUGUCACGGCUAGCCGCCAGAUAAUUACCACCCUGCGCCAUCAAGCUGAACGGAAUCUGUCAGUGUCUUGGCCUGGGAUGCUAUCUGUAAGCUGGAUGGCUGGGCUGGUGCUGUCGUUUGCGUGCACGUUGAGACUCUACCCGUUCAACAAGGCACAAAGGGAGAUUGAAGAUUGCAUUGAGCAGAUUGCGGCCAUGGACAGAAGGUGGAACAAUGCAAGACAUUGCGCAGAGGCAUUAAGAAGCAUGCUGGCAACUCUGAAACAGCAGUAUACCGACGGUGUUCUGGGCCGAUCCCAGGGCGGCCUAACAGCAAAAUUCUUUGCUAAACCUCCGACCACCACGAAGGACAACAUGUCCGUUGUUGAUGAAAAUAGUCCUUCCGACGCAGCUGCACAUUCCCGUAAACGGAAAAGAGCAGAUUUCCAAGGAGACGACCUCGAGUAUCCUUCGGGCGGCCGUCAAGGCGAUGCGAAUGCUCCUUCAACCCAGAGAGCUGACCAAACGCACGACUUCAAUCCAGAUUUGGGAGGAUGGCCUGUAUUUGACGACGGAGUCUCUCUUACAAAUUUAGAGUACAUGGCACCUCAAUUCACUGCUGGAACCCCCACGCUCGCAAACUUCGAAAAUCCGGAGCUAUUUCGCUUGCCAAUACUGGAUGACUUAUAUGUCAAUCCAGGUGCAUUUGGCAACAUUGGUUGGGAGGCAAUGGCUAAUGGGACCGGCGCACUGGCUUGA